UAUAAGUCUCCUAUUUUCUUCAUUGAGGCAAAUUUAUUGAAACUGUCGGUGUGAAGGAAAGGUAGUCUUGUCAGAAGAUAUCCAAAAUGAAGUUUGCUACAGCUAUGCUUAUUUUUAGUAAUGGACUAAGUAUUUUUCUAGCAUCAAAUGACAGCUGUGGAGAACAGGACUUGAACGCAAUGAUGGUCCGCCUUCGUCAGCUUCGAACAGAAUUCCAAAAUUUGAAAGCAGAAUAUGCAAAUCAAAUAAACAUUAAUAAAGAGGAAAUUAAACUCUUGAAGGAACAACAAGCAAAUGAAAUCCAGGACAUUAAGGCAGAACUUGGAAACAAAACAUUACAGAUUGCUGAACAAACCCAGGAAAUAGAAAGACUGAAAGGACUAUUUAUAGAAAAAAACCUCACAACGAUGGUGGCCUUUGUUGCCCGACAGAAAGAAUUAGAUUACAACUGCACUGGUAAAGUUCUGUUUGAAAUCAUUGUCUUGAACGAAGGAAAUGCAUUCAAUACAUCUACCAGCCACUUCACAGCACCCUUUGCAGGGCUUUACAUGUUUACUGCACAGCUAUGUUUUGAAUAUUACUAUACGUUUGACUUCUCUAUCUACUCGUACACAAACAAUAAAACUUAUGGGGCUUCACGGAAUGUCAAUUAUUGGGAUUAUGAAUGCGGAUCGUUGACGACAACAGUGAAAUUAGCCACUAACGAAGAAGUAUACGUCCACAUUGAAUGCCAAGGUACACGUCAGAUAGGUAACAUAGAUGACACUCUCUGGACAAUGUUUUCUGGAAUUCUCCUGGUGUGACAGUCACAUCGUCAAUAUAUUGUCUUAGACACACGUGCUUGUCUGAAUGUCUAGGGGACAGUGAAUUUCGUUCAGGUGUAUCAUUUCUCUGCAACUACUUGCCUAACUGGAGAGUUAAACUUUUGACUGUAUAUUUGGGGUUUUCAAAAUAAGAAUAUUUCAAUUCCGUUUCAUGUGAAGAUAAAAAAAAUAGUUGCAACAGAGAACAGUAAAAUUCAAUGCAUGGCUAAAAAAGCUAUUCAGACAUUUUUCAUGUAACAGAUGCAUGAUUUCACUAUUUAGGCAACAGAAAGAAGCUGUGAUAUCAGAAUAAACCCUGUUAUAAUCAUCGCUAUAUGGUGACUGUGAAGUCAUUUAAUUUUGUGGUUUUGACAAAAAUAGAUAACAUAGGGAUAUGAAUUUGUACAUACCAAAUUUGAAUAUAAAAUGGAUGAGAACUUUACUUGUUCCUUGGGACUUAACCCUAAUCAUGCUAGACACGAUUGAUCCAUGCAGUCUGAUCAAGAUCUGCACUGUUCGCCAUUCGGUCAGUAUCUUUUAUACAAGCAACCCUUUUAACAGCCUAUGGUUCUGUCUAAAUUGAAAGAUCGACAAGUUUGUUUUAGAAUAUUUAGCAAGGGUUAAUUUUGUACAAAAUUAGUCUGCCACCAGUAUUUAUGAUUUCACAGUAUAUCACGUGAUGUUGCAGAACCAAGUGACAAACCAUCCAAUGAAGAGUCUGACCAUCCAACUCUUAUUAUAUUUGUCCACAGAAAAAAUAAGUAAAUUUAAAAAAGAAAAGUGGAAUAUAUUACUUUACAGCAAUUUUCAUACAUUUGGCAUUCAUACAUCAGGUUAUCAAAAUCAUGAAAACUGUGGACACAUACAAUGUCAAAGAAAGAAAUCAUCAUUUUUAAUUGUAUACAUUUGUCAAUAAAAUGCGAGAAAUAUUGUAAACUAUACUAACAGAAAUUAUAGUUGCAAAGAUUUUAAAUCUUUAUCCACUAUUCCAUCUGUAUAUAUCUCUUUAGAUGUAAAAAUAAAUCAUAAAGUCAUAAUACAUUAUAAUUAUGUAUUCUUUCUUUCAUUAUUGCAUUAAUCAAACUCUGACAUUAAAUUUUAUGUGAAUAUGUAUACCAUACUUGUACAUUAAAUUUCAUUAAAAAUAAAGCAUUGAGCAAAGA